UGUGUUGUUUGAGUGCCCUUUACUGUACUGUAUGUACAGCUCAGAUCGAGCCUUCGAGGGAGACUCCUUUUGCUGACGUUCCUGGAGCUCUAGCAUCUCCGUGAAACCCGUGCUUCUUAUCGGCAAUCCGAUCAUCCGUCCCACUGAAAUUCUUCGCGGGGUCCAAGUAGAAACAAAACCGAUUUGCUUGAGGGAACCCUGUUUCCACGCGAUUGAACCUGGUCCAUCACUGUUACGUCGUCAAAGUGUUCUUUUACAAACUGUUUCACGAAUCACUUUUCGAGUUCGAUUUUGUAUCCGCUGUUGCUGAAUUGGGAGGGGGAACAGUGUGGCGUUGAUUAUGGACUAGAUAAUUGAUGCGAUCAGAGAUGGAAAUACACCACCACAGUAGCGGACGACAGAGGCGGCCCAGGGUUACGGAGGAGAAUCGCAAGAGAGCAGUUCGAGCUUGCGAUGCAUGUCGGCAACAAAAGGAAAAAUGCCAAGGCGGCAUUCCAUGCGUGCGAUGCACAAAGUACCGUCGACCAUGCGAAUUUAAUAUGACACCAAAACCCCGAUUACCCGGCCCAGGAAGCGCCGCAUAUGGCUCGAACAUGCAUGCCGAGUUGGAAGCAGAAAGGGAGAAGAAUCGAUAUAUGGCGACCAUAAUUUCGCACUUUGUGGGGGACACGACCACCUUUGAUAUUGAUAGUUUGAAGCAACUCGCCGAAAGUCUUCGGAUUGAACCGCCAUCUCGUACAGAUAGCUUUUCCGAGGCGGAUAUGCAAGAAUUGGGUAACCUUGCAAUUGAAGACGAAAAGUUUACGGUCAGACCGUUGUCUGACAACACAGCACAUUAUUCCGGCGAAUUUUCUCAUUGGUCAUUUGGUGAGCGGAUACAACGACGGAUCAACGAAUGGGCGCGAGAAGCAGAUUCAGAGGUAAUGAUCUCCCAUCCUGGCACCUUUAUUCUCGAAAGGUUCCCGGCUGACAUUAAAAAGGGCACCUCCGAGGACGAUCAAAUCAAGGAAUUCUGGCGAGCCACGAAACUUCAAUCUCAUGCUAAUAUCGUGCCCGAGAUUGUCGAAUCUUUUCCACCGCCACAGGUUGCUCACUUUUUGAUUCAAACAUUUUUAAAGUUUUGCGAAACCAAUUAUUAUUUAGUUGACGAUAUAUGGCUCUAUGAGAAGCUGGACUUGUGCUAUUCUCGACCAGAGACCCUAAACAACGAUGAUGCGGGAAUGGUCUGUGUGAUAUUGGCCAUCUUCGCCAUUGGCACGCAAUAUGCGCAUAUACAAUCGGGCUCUCAGCAGGACGGUUCGCGGGAAGAUGACUCUGUGGAUAGUGGAAACUCUGCCGAGGACGACAUUGGACUUACGUUUUACCGACUGGCAUGCAAGCUUGUUCCGGACGUGAUUACCCUUGCGUCUUUGGAGAGUGUACAAGCAUUUUUGCUUUUGGGGGUCUAUACCCUCCCUAUUGAUACUGGCGGACUUUGCUAUACAUAUCUUGGGAUCGCUCUGAAGAUGGCCAUUCAAAAUGGAAUGCAUCGAAGAUACACUGGCGGCGGCGGGCUGGAUCCCCGCAGGGUCGAGCUUCGUAAUCGUCUCUGGUGGAGCGCAUAUGCCAUGGAAAGCAUAUUACACGGACGACCGACAUCAAUAGCGAUAAUGGACAUUGACGCGGAUCUGCCCAAGGACAUUCCUGAGUUACAACCAACUGAUGGUUCGCCUUCGACCUUUGCAAACAGGUCUGCAAUGAUUACUUUGACCGUAAGGCUUGGAGAUAUAGCGGAGCAAAUAUCGUUAAUCCGACGAUGCCCUCGACGGCGACACACUGAACAUCUCGAACGACUUCUCGUUCUCCGCAAACGGCUCAUGGAUUGGUGGAACAGUCUCCCCGAAGAAUUAUACUGCCGGGACCUGCGGCCGCAGGGGCCACUGUUUCGCCGCAAUGUUCAUCUCAAACUCAACUACCAUCUAUCACAAAUAUUCAUGGGUCGAUGCUUCAUUUUCCAGCCUACGCGUGGGCCAUCCGCUAGUCCAGCGGAAGAAGCAGCCAAACAAGCACAGUCCAGCAGCAAAUCUCUUCUGGUCAAUGAUUGCAUCCAAUCUGCUCUAGAUAUCAUUGAUCUUUGUCAACUUCUCCGACACGAGACGGGGCUUGCGCGCGCAUCCUAUACAGAGUUCAGCUCCUGUCGCGCCGCCAUGCUCGCCAUUCUCGCGCAGAGCCUCAACGAGCAAAAUGAUCGGCUUCGCACGGCACUCACACAAGGCAUGCGUUUGAUUAGACCCAUGGCGGUGGGUAUUGAUUCCGCAAAGUCUGAUGUGUCUCUCAUUGAGGCGCUCGAGCGAGCUAUUCGACGUCUUGAUGCCCGCGAAAGGGGGUCCUCUUCGGGAAAUCCCCAGGUUGGCGCAGCCGGUCCACCCUCUGGAUACGAAACAUUUAAAAACUGGGCGACACUAUGGCGGAACGCGCCAAAUGACUUUGGCGGCAGCGGCAGUGGCAGUGGCAGUGGCACGGCCGGAAUGCAGUCAUCAAAUGCUGUCGCUGCCAGUUCUACAUCGCCUCUUUCUGGGCCUGGAUCAGGUUCUAUUCCCGCCAAUCCUCUUGUCCAAACCCAACAACGCCACGCCUCAGGGUCACCCUUUAGCCCUGCCGGCGCAGCAGCGAGUGGGGAAGACGAAGGAACCAAUACCAAUGGCAGCAUCUUUUCAGCCACUAAUUCGAUGAGCCCGACAGACCAAAACAACAUUCACCGCAGCAGCGUCGACAUGAUGGAUUUUAUGACUUCUACGACGGAUAUACCCAACCUUGCCGAUUUUGGAUUCGAUAAUUUUCUUUCCCCGUUUCCGCAGGAGCUUACCCAGUUUAGCCUCAUAUCAGAUUUUGAUCCUCACCUGUCUCACCCGAGCGUGCCCUCACCCGACCAAGUCCAAUCGCAGGUCCCUUCGCCUUUAGGAUCGGCAUCGGUGCCGCAGCAGCAGUCUUUUCCUCCUUCCUACUAUCCCAGCGAUCUUCCUCAGUAA